AUGUUGUCCUACUCUUUUCGCCUGGCAGUACGACGACCCACUUUCUCCUCUUAUUUUCAUAGCUCUGCUAUAAUUUGGGCAACCAAGAAGUCGAUAAAGCAAUUCAAACUCGCAGAUAUUGGUGAAGGGAUCACAGAAUGUGAGGUCAUCAAAUGGAGCGUUGAACCAAAGUCCACCGUACAAGCCUUCGAUGCACUCUGCGAAGUACAAAGCGACAAAGCCAGUGUAGAGAUCACCAGCCCGUUCGACGGUGUCGUUACCCAACUUUUGGUUCAGGAAGGAGAAAUUGCGAAAGUGGGCACUGGGUUGUGUUUGAUAGAAGUGGAAGAAGAGGCAGAUUCCCAGGACACCGCCAAGGAGGAAGCGCCGGUGCAGCUCGCGGCGGAAUCGUCUUCAGAGUCGCGUCAGGAGAAGGAGACCCCUGUGACGCGACGACCACACCCAUUGGAUCCAGGCCAUUCUGCACCAAAGGCUGACAAUGUUUUGGCCACUCCCUCUGUUCGACAUUUCGCCCGGAAGAACGGUGUCGAACUAGCUCAGGUUUCUCCGGGCAGUGGACGAGACGGCAGAAUCGAGAAACAGGACAUUGAGCGAUAUCUCUCAAGAAAGACUCUUACAUCAUCACAUCAAACCGUAACUGAUCAGGAUGUUGUUGUGGAACUUGGUCGUACUCGAUAUGGCAUGUGGAAAGCUAUGGUGAAGAGUCUGGAAAUUCCACAUUUUGGAUACUCAACAACUCUCGAUCUUACAGCUCUAUACCAUCUUUUACCUACGCUAAACGCGCAUAUACCUGAGCAUUAUAAACCUUCGUCGUCUUCACCACCGCCACCACUGGCGGUCUCUCCUUCGGCAGUCUCUCCAGCACCCUCUCCCCCCCAAGUUGCAUCUUCUCAGCAAUAUACCCGCCUGACGUACCUUCCCAUCCUUCUCAAGACCCUGUCCAAGUCUAUGCUCGAAUGGCCACUUUUCCGUUCAUCCAUAACGCCCGGAACAUCUGACCUAGGCGCGAAGCCCACAUUAACAGUGCGCCCGCAUGCUGACAUUAGCAUUGCUCUUUCCACUCCAACGGGUUUAUACACACCUACAGUGCAAAGUGUCGACACGUAUACCAUGUAUGGCCUCGCGUCAUCUCUUAAGCAUCUCUCCCAUUUAGGUAGACAAGUUCCGUGUGGGCUUACUCCCAAUGAGAUGCCCAAACGAGGUGGAACAGUGACUGUUUCCAAUGUUGGAGCCAUUGGAGCCGGGGACUUUGCCGCGCCAGUUCUUGUACCUGGAGGUGGCGUUGCGAUCGUCGCUAUCGGGAGAGCUAAAUGGGUCUGGGAUGUGGAGGUUGGAAACGGAAAAGGAGAAAAGAGGCUGAAAGUUGGGAUAAGCUGGAGCGCUGACCAUCGUGUUGUUGAGGGCGCCGAGUUAGCCGCAUUCGUGGAAUGCUGGAGAGGAUAUGUGGAAGUUCCGGAAAGGCUGAUCGCUGAUUCAGUGUGA